CCAGAGCACAUAGUAACAGGGCUGUAGAACUGAAAUUUCUAACCAGAGGCAUGAAGUUAAAUACCAUCCUGAUCCUUCUUGCACUUCACUAUUGGAGUGUUGAGCAGAUUCAUGGUUUUAAUGUGGGAACAGCAGGAGCCAAAGUGUUCUCAGGAGCAGCAGAGGAGGAGUUUGGAUACACAGUGCAACAGUUCACCAAUCAGCAGGGCAAAUGGUUACUGGUGGGAUCUCCAUGGCAGACAUCCAACAAUAACAGAGUAGGAGGCGUUUAUAAGUGUGAGAUCAUGAGUGCUGCGUCCACCUGUGAGAAACUCAACCUGCAGAGCUCUUUCAGCACACCAACAAUGCAGAACAUCAACAUUAACAUAAGUCUGGGGAUGACCCUCACACGAAAGACCAAAAACAAUGGAUUUAUGACGUGUGGUCCUCUGUGGGCUCAGAGUUGCGGGGCUCAGAAUUUUGUUCCAGGAGUGUGUGCAGAAGUGAGCCCUCUGUUCUCUGCCCAACCUGCGUUCUCCCCUGCUCUUCAAAACUGCGGUGGUCCAGUGGAUAUUGCUAUUGUCCUGGAUGGGUCCAACAGCAUAUAUCCCUGGCGUGAUGUCCGGAACUUUCUCAACAAGUUCCUGGGGAGUCUUGAUAUUGGACCUAAUAAAGCACAGGUCAGCUUGAUUCAGUAUUCAAAUGAUCUAUCUUUUCAAUUCUAUUUGAACACCUAUCAAUCAAAAGAUGAAAUGCUCGAAGUUGCAGCCACUAUACAGCAGAAAACUGGAGACGCCACUUAUACUUUUGCAGCUAUCGACUCUACCAGAGAGCAAGCGUUCAUCCCUGAACAUGGUGGUCGCCCAGAUGCCACCAAAGUGAUGGUGGUGGUCACUGAUGGAGAAUCUGCUGAUGGUUAUAAAAGUAAGGAAGUCAUUGAGCGCUGUGAGAAGGACAACAUCAUCCGCUUUGGCAUUGCUGUAAGUCUGAGGUCACACCUAAAAUCCAUUGCAGAUAUUGUGAAAUUUACUAAGGAGAUUGAGACAAUCGCCAGCAACCCAAAGGAAAACUAUGUCUUCAACGUGUCAAAUGAAGCUGGUCUAGUUAACAUUGCAGGAACUCUUGGGAACCGAAUUUUCAAUAUUGAGGGCACUGGAAAGGGUCAGGAUUUCGAGAUGGAGAUGGCUCAAGUUGGGUUCAGUGCACACCAAACCAAAAAUGAGGAUGUGAUGAUGCUGGGUGCUGUUGGAGCAUAUGGAUGGAGUGGAACAGUUGUCCAUAAAAGUACUCAGAGAGCUGAAAUUUUUCCUAAAGAAGCUUUUCAGAAAAUCCUGGAGGACAAAAAUCACAGUUCCCUACUGGGCUACUCGGUGUCCACGCUGAAUGAUGGUUCCUCUGAGUUCUACGUGGCUGGUGCUCCUCGUUCUAACCACACAGGCCAGGUUGUAGUGUACACACUCAACAGCCAGAGACAGCCCAACAUCAUCAACUCACAGAGGGGGGAUCAGAUUGGUUCUUACUUUGGCAGUGUGCUUUGUCCCUUGGAUGUGGAUCGUGAUGGUGUUACUGACAUUCUGCUGGUCGGAGCCCCAAUGUACAUGAGCGAUCAGAAGAAAGAGACUGGCAAAGUCUACAUCUACUCUGUUAUCAAGGGUGUCUUGAGUAAACAAGGUUCUCUAGAGGGUUCCUCUCCAUUGGAAAAUGCUCGUUUUGGGAUGGCCAUUACUGCUGUUCCUGACCUCAACCUGGACGGCCUCACUGAUGUGGUAGUUGGAGCUCCGCUGGAGGAGAAUAACCAGGGGGCCAUUUACGUAUACAACGGAGACCAAAGAACCAUCAGGAAACAGAGCUCACAGAGAAUUCUUGGUUCAAAACUGGACCCAGCCUUGAAGUUCUUUGGGCGUUCUUUAGAUGGCAGUGAAGAUCUGAAUGGUGACUCAAUCCCAGAUGUGUCGGUGGGGGGUUAUGGGAAGGUGCUGCAGCUCUGGUCUAAAGGAGUUGCUGUUGUGAUGGCCAAGGUUACAUUCACCCCAGACCGGAUCAGCAUUCUGAGUAAGGCCUUCUUCAGUGGGAGAAUAGUGCCCUGUUUCACUGCGAAAAUCUGCUUCAGCGCAACAUUCAGACCAGCAGACAAUGUGGGACCAGCAGCUAUCAAGUACAACCUAACACUGGAUGCUGACCUGACGUCAUCUCGCUUCAGCUCCAGAGGUCACUUCAGCAACUUGGAGCGUGUCUUCCAGCAGGACAUCAGUGUAUCCACAAAGGAGAUCUGUCAAGAUCAUGAAGUCUACAUUCAUGAAGCUUUUGAUUAUAUGAAACCAGUGGCUUUGCGUGUGGAUGUCAGUCUUCAAAAGCAAGACAGCACCCUUGUCCUGGACCUCUACAGUAUCAGAGAAUGGGAGUUUCAUAUUCCUUUCUUGAAGGAAUGUGGCUCUGAUGACAAGUGUGUGAGUGACCUACAGCUGAGUGUGAUUCAGCAGCUGAGUUCCUCCAAAUCGGUGGUCAAUGAGAACAGAAGACUUUCUUUCACUAUAACAGUGAAGAACAGAAAGGAGAACGCCUACAACACAAGAGUCUCCGUACAUUACUCCAGAAACCUUUUCUACUCCUCUGUUACACAUAACAUAACAUGCGAAUCAUCAAGGGAAUUCCAAAGGCUGUCCUGCCAGGUCGGACACCCAGCCCUUAAAACAGGCCAAAUGGUUACAUUUCAUGUCAAUUUUUCAUUCAACCUGGAGGAGCUGCAGAAAAAAGCUGAACUGGUGUUUGAAGCUCAAAGUGACAGUGAAGAGGAAACUCCAUCAGAUAACAAGAUCACUGUGUCCAUCCCUGUCAAGUACAGCUCAGACAUCAUUCUCAGCAGAGAUGUUAAUCCAGAAUUCUGUGUUGUUGACCCAGAAGACCAAGUCAAAACCACCGUGUCCAGUUUUGAUGACAUCGGCCCUGAGUUCAACUACACCCUCAGGGUGUCUGGAGGAAAUUUUCCGGUCACCCAGGCCAACCUCAGUGUGUUUGUUCCCACCAGCACUGGAGCAGGGAAUCCUCUUAUCUACAUCACCUCAGUCAGCACUGCACCUGCUGGUAAUGUGAAGUGUAACAGCAGAGAUCUGAUUGAUCCGUUUAGGAUUAAAGAGAAAGCAUACACAGCGAGAUUCACAGAAGACAGCUUCAGAGGAACUAAGGAACUGAACGAGGAGACGUCCCAGAGCCAAACAAUUAAAUGUGUUCUCAAAGAUCUGAGGCGGAAGUCCAUGUUUGUUAAUAUAACUGCUCGGAUAUGGAACGGCACAUUUGCUACUGCUGAUUUCCAGUCUGUUGUUCUGGCAGUGAGAGUUCGAAUUGAGACGCCUCAGCCUGAUCUACUCGUCACCAACGAAAAUGAACUACAGGCUGAGGUCACUGUGAGUAAAACUGGAGCCAAAGCAGACGUCCCUGUUGAUGUUGUAGUUGGUAGCUGUAUUGGAGGAAUACUUUUACUGGCUGCACUUACUGCAGUACUUUGGAAGUUUGGCUUCUUCAAGAGAAAGAGACCUAUUCCUGAAGAAGAUAAAGUGGAUAACAUCAGUCUGAUUGAUAGAGAGAAACAAUGAUAUUCACAUGAUAGAAACUUGAAGCAUCCCAUCCAACCCUACUGAGGA